AUGGACGGGCUGAGGGCGUGGGCAGCCCCUGCCUCAUACAAGUACACUGCCCUCCCCGAGCGCGGUAGCCGGGAUGCGGUACGGACCAGGAGGGAUAAGGAGCAAGCGGACGGCAAUCGAGCCAUUAUCAAGCUCGCAGCGGCGGGCUUGGUGAUUGUGGUCGCCCUGUAUUUUGUCGUUGGCUAUAUGAAAUCUGAUCCACCCCAAAGCGAUUCUUGCGACGAUUCGGGGCAUGGCUUCCAUUGCCGACCCGACAUAUCUCACUUCUGGGGACAGUACUCCCCAUUCUACUCUGUGAAGUCCGACAUCAGUCCUUCCACUCCCAAGGGAUGCAAUGUCACCUUUGCGCAGGUGCUCUCUCGCCAUGGUGCCAGAGAUCCUACGCUAUCAAAAACCGUCAUCUACGGUGCCCUUCUUGCUCGGGUCCAAAGCACCGUUACUCAUUAUGGGAAGGAUUUUACCUUUCUCAGUGAGUACAACUAUAGCCUCGGGGCUGAUCAGCUGACCCAUUUCGGUCAACAAGAGAUGGUCAAUUCGGGCAUCCACUUCUACAAUCGUUACAAGGACUUGACGAGGAAUUCAUCGCCGUUCGUGCGAUCCGCUGGGCAAUACCGUGUUGUCGAAUCUGCCCAGAAUUGGACUCAAGGUUUCCAUCAGGCUCGACUGGCCGACAAGCACACCGACUUGCCAGAUACAUACCCCUAUGGCAUGGUGCUCAUACCGGAGGGAUCAGCCUUCAACAACACUCUCAGCCAUGACCUCUGCUCAGCCUCUAGCUCAGCGAAAGGUUCAAGUGCACAGGCCGUCUGGCUGGAUGUGUUUGCACCCCGUCUAACCGAAAGGCUUAACGCGAACCUCCCCGGCGCAAAUCUCACGAACUCUGAUACUAUCGCGUUCAUGGAUCUUUGUCCAUUCAACACUGUGGCCAAUGCAGAUGGCAAGCUGUCUCACUUCUGCAAGCUCUUCGAUAGCGAUGACUGGCAUGCGUACGACUACUAUCAGUCGUUGGGCAAGUGGUAUGGGUUCGGUAACGGAAACCCCCUUGGACCUACCAAAGGAGUUGGCUACGUCAACGAGCUCAUUGCCCGGCUUACUGGCGAGGCUGUGGUAGAUCACACCAACACAAACAGCACGCUGGAUAGCUCGCCCGAGACAUUCCCCCUGGACAGGGCGCUCUACGCCGACUUCAGCCACGACAACGACAUGAGCAACAUAUUUGCAGCCAUGGGGCUGUACAACGAGACCGAGCCCCUAUCGAAUACUACGAAAGUCUCACCUAAGGGGACCAAGGGGUUUUCGGCCAGUUGGACCGUGCCAUUUGCGGCAAGGAUGUACGUCGAGAAGCUAAGCUGCGGGGAUUCCGACGAGGAGAUGGUGAGGGUAUUGAUCAAUGAUCGGGUCAUACCGUUGCAGAACUGCGGUGUUGACGAGCUGGGCCGUUGCGAGCUUGGCAACUUUGUGGAUAGCCUCAGCUUUGCCAGGGACGGCGGGCAUUGGGACAAGUGCUUUGAGUGA